AUGGUGGAGAUUCAAAGAAGAUUCAAGAGUUUUGAGUCGGCUUUCAGCAUGGCGGCGGCUCGUUCACGUCCGCCGUGUGACAACAGCAGCGGGAGCGAUCACUCGCCGGAGGACACGGAGGAUCUUUCGGAUUUGGUCGCUUCAUUCAUCGAGAGAGAGGGAGAGAUGUUACCGGAGGAAGAAAUGGAUCCGUCUUCCGAUAACGGUUCCGAAGAUGUGAAGGAGAGGUUACGUAAGCUUCUAGAAGGUUUAUCCGGCGGAGAAGAGCGGAUGAGAAUUAUGGCCGCGACGGAGGUUGCUGCAACAUUCGUCGGAGAUAUUGUUCGAGAUGGCACUUCUCCUAAGCGCCAAUUGAUGGCUUUUCUACGUAACAAGGGUUUUGAUGCAGGUCUUUGCAAGUCACGGUGGGAGAGAUUCAGCAAGAACACAGCCGGAAAAUACGAGUACGUCGACGUUCGAUACGACAGCGGAGAUCAUAAUCGUUACAUCGUAGAGACAAACCUCGCAGGGGAGUUUGAGAUAGCCCGACCAACGAAAAGGUACCUCUCAAUACUAAACCAAGUGCCACGUGUCUUCGUGGGAACUCCCCAUGAGCUGAAACAGCUGGUAAAGAUCAUGUGUCGCGAAAUGAGACGGUCGAUGAAGGACGUGGGAAUCCACGUGCCACCGUGGAGGAGAAACGGCUACAUGCAAGCCAAGUGGUUCGGUUUCUAUAAACGAACUUCGACGACUAGUGAUAGUGGCGCUGAUACGACUACGUUUAAGGGUUGCAAGGAAGAGUACUGGAAAGUGAGAGAUCCUGAGGCUAUGGUUAGUCAGCUUACGGUUGCUUUCAACGCUAAUGAGGUUGAAGUGUGA